AUGAAGAAUACGUUUUUUGAAGUUUAUGGGCAAAAGAACAGAUUGCCAACGAAAGAAGAAAUAAAUAGAUAUUUGGAGAGAAUUUAUAAUAAAGCUCAUGACGAUACAGUCGAAUGUAACUUAGGGAAGAAAAAAUCUGAAAAAGUCAGGGGAAUUGAAAGCCAAUCAUUCACGGUGACGCAAGAAGAAAAUAACUAUCAGAAUCAAAAUAACUAUCAGAAUCAAAAUAACUAUCAGAAUCAAAAUAACUAUCAUCGUAAAAAUAAUUAUUGGCGAUGUUUCAUAUGUGAACAAAACACUCAUCGCGUUUUAGAUUGUCCCACUUUUAAAGCUUCAAGGGAUAAGAUAGGUAUAUUGAAGUCUCAGGAAGUUUGUAUUACUUGUGCUAGACACAAAUAUUAUGGUCAGCCUUGUGGAUCUCGAUUCCAAAUUAAAUGCGCCAUAUGUCGUGGGAGACAUUUAACAGAACUACAUUCUGAGUGGACUCAACGCAAUGUCACAUUCCAAACGCAAUCACAUAUUUGUGAAACUACAAAUGAAAAAGCAAAUAACGUAAUUACAAACUUCAAUAGCAAUAAAUCUGAAACAACUUCGGAAGUUAUUCUUCCAACAGCGUCGGUUAAAAUACAAGAUAAGUACGGGGAAACGGUCCCCAUAAGAACUUUAAUUGAUUCUGGAAGUCAAUCUAACUUUAUUUCAGAAGAUGUGGUACAAAAACUGAGACUACAAAAGAAAAAAACUCUUGUUACAGCCUUCGGUAUAGGCGGAAUGACUGCUGGUAAAAUAAAUGCAGUUGUAAAUUUAAAAAUCGAAGUUAAAUUUCCUACUUUUCGUAUAAUUAAAUUAAAAGCACUUGUGGUGAAACGAGUAACGUCAAAAAUACCAAGUUACCCGUCUCAAUUAAAUAAUACAAAAGAUCUUCCAAAACCACUUGCUGAUCCUUAUGGAUCGACUAAUAUCGGACUCCUUUUAGGUGCAAAUAUGUUUUCAGAAAUUAUGUUAGAAGGAACAAAGACUAUAAAUAAUUUCCUUUUCCAACAUACAGUCUUUGGGUGGAUAGUUUGUGGAGGCAAUGCGAAAGUUUCGGAAAUUACUUCAUCAAAUAUUAACGUAAUUAAUGAAGAAGCGAAUUUUAAAGAAGUUGAAUUAGAAGAAUUUAUAAAUGAUUUAAAAUUAUUUUGGGAUUUACCACUUACGAAAAAUGAAGAAACUGAGCUUGACUCAGAAUAUUGCGAAAAACUUUUUAUGAAUACUUAUGAAAGAGACCAAGAAGGUCGUUACAUUGUUCCAAUACCUUGGAAACAAUCAUUGCCAUUAUUAGGCAAUUCAUAUGAUGCAGCUAUAAAUCAAUUUUUAAACCAAGAGAAACGGUGGAAUAAAAAUCCACCUCACAAAUUAAAAUCUGAUGAAUUUAUGAAAGAAUAUUUAUUAUUAAAUCAUAUGACAAAAAUAUCAAAUGACGAAAAUCUGAAACUUACACUGAUAGUGAAAUUGCACUAG